AUGCCGGUGCUCAGCGCGGUGCCGUUCCUGAAGCCCACCCACCCGCAGGGCCCACGCCGUUCUCCCGGCCGCCAGCGCCGGCACACGCUGCCCGCCAGCGAGUUCCGCUGCCUCAGCCCCGAGGAUGCCGUCAGCGUGUUUGAGAUCGAGAGGGAAGCCUUCAUCUCCGUCUCCGGUGACUGCCCGCUGCACCUGGAUGAGAUCCGCCAUUUCCUGACGCUGUGCCCGGAGCUUUCCCUCGGCUGGUUCGAGGAAGGGCGCCUGGUGGCCUUCAUCAUCGGCUCCCUGUGGGACCAGGACCGGCUCAGCCAGGCGGCGCUGACCCUGCACGAACCGCGGGGCACGGCGGUGCACAUCCACGUGCUGGCCGUGCACCGAACCUUCCGCCAGCAGGGCAAGGGUUCCAUCCUGAUGUGGCGAUACCUGCAGUACCUGCGCUGCCUGCCCUGCGCCCGGCGCGCCGUGCUCAUGUGCGAACAUUUCCUCGUGCCCUUCUAUGAGAAGUGCGGUUUCAAAGCUCUGGGUCCCUGCCAGGUGACGGUGGGCACGUUGGCCUUCACUGAGAUGCAGCACGAGGUGCGGGGCCAUGCCUUCAUGCGCAGGAACAGCGGCUGCUGA